CUGCUAAUAGGCUUUAAUUAGGAGUGUGAGACAGGUGAGGAGCCAGACAGACGACAGGAGGACGGAAACACAGGACUCUCACUGCUAAUACAACACUUGAUAUUGAACAUUGAUCUUUGAACAACCUGUCAUCAUGGAGCUUCUGCAGCAGCUGAACGCCUCCGAGCUGCUGCUGUCUGAGUGGAGCUUCGAGAGGAGGUUCGACGAGAGAGGAGCCAUUCAGUGGAUGCAGGACAACUGGAGUAAGUCGUUUGUGUUCAGCGCUCUUUACGCCGCCCUGGUGUUCGGAGGUCAGCACUACAUGAAGCUCCGCCCCAAGAUGAACCUGCGCCUGCCGCUCGUCCUCUGGUCGCUCAGCCUCGCCGUCUUCAGUAUCAUCGGGGCGGUGCGGACCGGUUCCUACAUGGUUCACAUCCUGAGUCUCCAGGGCUUCAGACGCUCCAUCUGUGAUCAGAGCUUCUACAACGGACCGGUCAGCAAGUUCUGGGCGUACGCCUUCGUGCUGAGCAAGGCCCCGGAGCUGGGCGACACGGCCUUCGUGGUGCUGAGGAAGCAGAAGCUGCUGUUCCUACACUGGUACCAUCACAUCACCGUGCUGCUCUACUCCUGGUACUCCUACAAGGACAUGGUGGCGGGCGGCGGCUGGUUCAUGACCAUGAACUUCACCGUGCACGCUCUCAUGUACAGCUACUACUCUGCUCGUGCCGCGGGGUUAAAGGUCCCUCGACCGCUCGCUGUGAUCAUCACCAGCGCUCAGAUCGGACAGAUGGCGAUGGGCCUGCUGGUCAGCGCGCUGGUUUAUAAAUGGAUGAACAGCGCAGACUGCCCCACGCGCAUCGAUAACAUCGGCUGCGCGGCCGUCAUGUACGGGAGCUACCUGAUGCUGUUCAGCAACUUCUUCUACAAGACAUACCUGUGCCGGUGCCAAGACGCUCGCCUGAAGAAAGAGUAGAGGAGAGGGGCAUUGUGGGGGAUCUGACGCCGCUACGAACUCUAAUGAUGAUUCAGAGUUUCUACUUCAAGAUGGAAACGGGCUCUAGUUUGUUUAUGAAGUCAAGAUCUUUAAACCUUCCGCUCGUUAACAAUGAGGUUUGUUCUGAUGCUACGGACUCAUCUGACUCUGCAUGUCUUUAGUCUAACGGGAACAGAUCUCUAACCUCAGAGUUUCUACUUCAAGAUGGAAACGGCCUUUAGUUUGUUUAUGAAGUCAAGAUCUUUAAACCUCCUGCUCGUUAAGAUCUGAAGUUUGUUCUGAUGCUACGGACUCUCAUCUGAUCUGAGUUUCUCUUCAGGAUUGUUGUCCUGUGUCCUGUGUCCUGUGUCCUGUGUCCUGUCCUGUGUCCUGUCCUGUGUCCUGUCCUUAAACCUCCUGCUCGUUAAGAACUGAGUUUCUCUUCAGGAUGGACUCUGCCUUCACUUUCUAACCCGGGUCCAGAUCUCUAACCUCCUGCAGAUUCAUGACGACGUGUUUCUGCUGCAGGAAGCAUCUGAUCUGAAAUCUGAUCUGAGAUAUUUGAAUGAGUGAGCUUUCAGUCGGACAGAAGCAGACGGGCAUUCUGAAUUUCCUCUUUUUAUAUUUCUUGUUUUUCAUUUUCCUGUGUUUUAUUUAGUUCUCAGAAGUCCAGCACUUUUCCUCUCUGCUAUAUUCUGUUUCUGUGUUUGUUCCUGCUGCGAGAACAUGCCUGUACCGGUCCUUAUUCAGAGCACACCGUGAGGACUUUCAGCUAAAAGAGAUCUGGAAAUCAACCACUUGGUCAUAAAACCAACAACUUUCUAAUAGCUCCAAUAAUAAUCAGUUUUCUAAGUGACUCUCAGGGAACCCGAUCAUUGGGUUUAAGAAGUGACGGACCUGUAAAACAAAGGAGUCCGUUUUAUAAUAUAGUUUUAUAAAUGUCUUCAUCAGAACAGAAGUAAUAUCCAGUAUCAAUCGACAGCCACUGAUUUUAUUUCAUAUAGAAACGUUCAUUUUAAACAAACUUUCAUAACAUUUUAGCCUGAAAACAAUUAAUAAUCAUGACCGAGAAAUACCUGUUUUUAAAAAGCCGGAACAAUCAGUCAAAUAUUUAAUAACCGAUUAAUCGUAAAGGUAAUAUUUCAAUCAUAAAUGUCCGAAAAUGCUCAAAUGUAAUGUUAGGAAAAUGUAAUCUUUUGAAGUUACGUGAACAAUUCAGAUUCAAGUUUAAAAUUUAACAGAAAAAAUACAGAAUAUUCUCUGAUUAUUUGCAAGAAAAAAUAAAUCAAAAUGUCUGAAGUUAGGGUUCUACAUUCAUCAGGGAAAUAGAAUAUUCUCAAAGAUCAUAUUUGCACAUUGAAAUAAAAAAUAAAAAAAUUAUACAGAAAAAUGUAAAACUUUAACCUCAAAAUUCCAUUUUCCCCCCCUAACAUUAUGACCCCCCCCACGGUUCCCUUUCCCCCACCUCAAAUGUUCAUUGUGGUCUAGAUAUUAUUUGUAUUUGAGUAAACAGAUAUUGAAGUAAAAAGGGUUAUGAUCUCACCAAUGCUAAGCUAAAUGUUGCUAACCUCUUCGUCUUCACUUUCUCACGUCACUGAGUUUCUGCACAGAUUGAAAAACCUCCUCACCGAUCGAGCACCUUUUAUUAAUACUUCUCUGCGACUUUCUAAAGUGUAACGCCGCCUUUUGAACAAAUGUAAAGCUGCUGUAAGUACGGGGUUCAUCUCGUGUCUUCGGAAACAAAUUUGCAAACAAAACAAAAAUUGGUCACAAAUUAGUUUUUGUUGCAAAAAAUAUUUCAUUUCAGUUUCAAUCGUUUUUCCCUCGAAGCAUUUUUUAAAUUGCACAAAAAAAACCAACAAGUCUUUAAUUUCUGAAAAAUAUAUAGAACAUGUGACCUUAACGAUUCUUCUGUGGUUAAACCUCCGCUCUGAUUUACCUGUAAUCUCUCUCCCUCUCCUCGUUAACCUGACCAGGUGUCUCCCCCUCCUCGUUAACCUGACCAGGUGUCUCCCCCUCCUCGUUAACCUGACCAGGUGUCUCCCUCUCCUCGUUAACCUGACCAGGUGUCUCCCCCUCCUCGUUAACCUGACCAGGUGUCUCCCUCUCCUCGUUAACCUGACCAGGUGUCUCCCCCUCCUCGUUAACCUGACCAGGUGUCUCCCCCUCCUCGUUAACCUGACCAGGUGUCUCCCCCUCCUCGUUAACCUGACCAGGUGUCUCCCCCUCCUCGUUAACCUGACCAGGUGUCUCCCCCUCCUCGUUAACCUGACCAGGUGUCUCCCCCUCCUCGUUAACCUGACCAGGUGUCUCCCCCUCCUCGUUAACCUGACCAGGUGUCUCCCCCUCCUCGUUAAUCUGACCAGGUGUCUCCCCCUCCUCGUUAACCUGACCAGGUGUCUCCCCCUCCUCGUUAACCUGACCAGGUGUCUCCCCCUCCUCGUUAACCUGACCAGGUGUCUCCCCCUCCUCGUUAACCUGACCAGGUGUCUCCCCCUCCUCGUUAACCUGACAGGUGUCUCCCCCUCCUCGUUAACCUGACCAGGUGUCUCCCCCUCCUCGUUAACCUGACCAGGUGUCUCCCCCUCCUCGUUAACCUGACCAGGUGUCUCCCCCUCCUCGUUAACCUGACCAGGUGUCUCCCCCUCCUCGUUAACCUGACCAGGUGUUUUCCAUCCGGAAGUUUCAGCUAAAUAAAAUCUAUUUAUUGAUGUAGUAUUUAUUCGACGCAUGACGGCGGCCCGUCGCCCGAGCGUCUCAAACUAUUCCACUAAAUGUUUUUUAUUCACUGAAUAUUUAUCUUUUUGUAAGUUUUAUAUUUAGUUUUUCUAAAAAGCUGUCGUUAAGAAAUGUUAAAUCUGUGCUUUGUCUUAAAGUGUGCGAUGGAAGCAGACGGAUAUUAAAGAUGAUGACUUUCUGUAUGAACACACUUUUAUACGAACAAGAACACAUGAAGACAUUCAAGUUUAACGUAUUUGUAUUUAUUGUUUGAAAAAAUAAAGAAGCUGUUUUAUACAUUU